CUGCGCUGGGGGCCGCGGGCCGGUUCCUGAGGUGGCCCAGGCGCCCUCCCGCCGCCGGCGCCGCCGGGGCCGUCCCUCUCCGCCGCCCCCCGCCCUCCGCCUCCGCCUCCCCCCGCCCUCCGCCUCCCUUCCCCCUCCCCGCCCAGCAGCGGUCGCUCGGGCCCCGACUCUCGGUUAUAAGAUGGCGGCUCUGAGCGGCGGCGGCGGCGGCGCGGAGCAGGGCCAGGCUCUGUUCAACGGGGACAUGGAGCCCGAGGCCGGCGCCGGCGCCGCGGCUUCUUCGGCUGCGGACCCCGCCAUCCCGGAGGAGGUGUGGAAUAUCAAACAAAUGAUUAAGUUGACACAGGAACAUAUAGAGGCCCUAUUGGACAAAUUUGGUGGAGAGCAUAAUCCACCAUCAAUAUAUCUGGAGGCCUAUGAAGAAUACACCAGCAAGCUAGAUGCCCUCCAACAAAGAGAACAACAGUUAUUGGAAUCUCUGGGGAAUGGAACUGAUUUUUCUGUUUCUAGCUCUGCAUCAACGGACACCGUUACAUCUUCUUCCUCUUCUAGCCUUUCAGUGCUACCUUCAUCUCUUUCAGUUUUUCAAAAUCCCACAGAUGUGUCACGGAGCAACCCUAAGUCACCACAAAAACCUAUUGUUAGAGUCUUCCUGCCCAACAAACAGAGGACAGUGGUACCUGCAAGGUGUGGAGUUACAGUGCGAGACAGUCUAAAGAAAGCACUGAUGAUGAGAGGUCUGAUCCCAGAGUGCUGUGCUGUGUACAGAAUUCAGGAUGGAGAGAAGAAGCCAAUUGGCUGGGACACUGAUAUAUCCUGGCUUACUGGAGAGGAGUUGCAUGUAGAAGUGUUGGAGAAUGUUCCACUGACAACACACAACUUUGUACGGAAAACUUUUUUCACCUUAGCAUUUUGUGACUUUUGUCGAAAGCUGCUUUUCCAGGGUUUCCGCUGUCAAACAUGUGGUUAUAAAUUUCACCAGCGUUGUAGUACAGAAGUUCCACUGAUGUGUGUUAAUUAUGACCAACUUGAUUUGCUGUUUGUCUCCAAGUUCUUUGAACACCACCCAAUACCACAGGAGGAGGCCUCCUUAGCAGAGACUGCCCUUACGUCUGGCUCGCCCCCUUCCGCGCCCCCCGAUUCUAUUGGGCCCCAAAUUCUCACCAGUCCGUCUCCUUCAAAAUCCAUUCCAAUUCCACAGCCUUUCCGACCAGCAGAUGACGAUCACCGAAAUCAGUUUGGACAACGAGACCGGUCCUCAUCGGCUCCAAACGUGCAUAUAAACACAAUAGAACCUGUCAAUAUUGAUGAAAAAUUCCCAGAAGUGGAAUUACAGGAUCAAAGGGACUUGAUUAGAGACCAAGGGUUUCGUAGUGAUGGAGCCCCUUUGAACCAGCUGAUGCGCUGUCUUCGGAAAUACCAAUCCCGGACUCCCAGUCCCCUCCUACAUUCUGUCCCCAGUGAAAUAGUGUUUGAUUUUGAGCCUGGCCCAGUGUUCAGAGGAUCAACCACAGGUUUGUCUGCCACGCCCCCUGCCUCAUUACCAGGCUCACUCACUAAUGUGAAAGCACUACAGAAAUCUCCAGGACCUCAGCGGGAAAGGAAGUCAUCUUCAUCCUCAGAAGACAGGAAUCGAAUGAAAACACUUGGUAGACGGGAUUCAAGUGACGACUGGGAGAUUCCUGAUGGCCAGAUCACAGUGGGACAAAGAAUUGGAUCCGGGUCAUUUGGGACAGUCUACAAGGGAAAGUGGCAUGGUGAUGUGGCAGUGAAAAUGUUGAAUGUGACAGCACCCACACCUCAGCAGUUACAGGCCUUCAAAAAUGAAGUAGGAGUACUCAGGAAAACUCGACAUGUGAAUAUCCUACUCUUCAUGGGCUAUUCCACGAAGCCACAACUGGCUAUUGUUACCCAGUGGUGUGAGGGCUCCAGCUUAUAUCACCAUCUCCACAUCAUUGAGACCAAAUUUGAGAUGAUCAAACUUAUAGAUAUCGCACGGCAGACUGCACAGGGCAUGGAUUACUUACACGCCAAGUCAAUCAUCCACAGAGACCUCAAGAGUAAUAAUAUUUUUCUUCAUGAAGACCUCACAGUAAAAAUAGGUGAUUUUGGUCUAGCUACAGUGAAAUCUCGAUGGAGUGGGUCCCAUCAGUUUGAACAGUUGUCUGGAUCCAUUUUGUGGAUGGCACCAGAAGUAAUCAGAAUGCAAGAUAAAAACCCCUAUAGCUUUCAGUCAGAUGUGUAUGCAUUUGGGAUUGUUCUAUAUGAAUUGAUGACUGGACAGUUACCUUAUUCAAACAUCAACAACAGGGACCAGAUCAUUUUUAUGGUGGGACGAGGAUAUCUAUCUCCAGAUCUCAGUAAGGUACGAAGUAACUGUCCAAAAGCCAUGAAGAGAUUAAUGGCGGAGUGCCUGAAAAAGAAAAGAGAUGAGAGACCACUCUUUCCCCAAAUUCUCGCCUCUAUUGAGCUACUGGCCCGCUCAUUGCCAAAAAUUCACCGCAGUGCAUCAGAACCCUCCUUGAAUCGGGCUGGCUUCCAAACCGAGGACUUUAGUCUAUAUGCUUGUGCGUCUCCAAAAACGCCCAUCCAGGCAGGGGGCUAUGGAGAAUUUGCAGCCUUCAAGUAGCCACCUCCUGGCAGCAUCUACUCUUACUUCUUAAGUCUUGUGUUCGUACAAUUUGUUAACAUCAAAACACAGUUCUGUUCCUCAGAUCUUUUUUUUAAAGAUACAAAAUUUUCAAUGCAUAAGCUGGUGUGGAACAGAAUGGAAUUUCCCAUCCAAGAAAAGAGGGAAGAAUGUUUUAGGAACCAGAAUUCUCUGCUGCCAGUGUUUCUUCUUCAGCACAAACACCACAAGUCUGCCCACUCCCAGGAAGAAAGAGGCAAGACCCUGAGUUCUGACCUUUUGAUGGUCAGGCAUGAUGGAAAGAAACUGCUGCUACAGCUUGGGAGAUUUGUUGUGGAAGGUCUGCCGGUCAACUUGGCCUUCUAACCACCAGACCAAUGUGUGGCUGAUCAUCUGAGGGGCAGUUGCAAUCACCAAGCACCGUGCUCUUUCCUGUUCUGGGAUUUUGUUGUGGAGCUCUUUCCCCUGGCCACCACCGGUGAAUUUCUGAGGGAUGGAACAAAAAUGCAGCAUGCCCUGUCUGCGCGGUGUGUGCUCGGUCCUUGACAACUUUCUAUCAGAAUGAAGAUACUUGGUUUAAAUGGCUGGUGAGAGGGGAGGAGGAGCCCCGUUGGGUGCAGAGGAAAAGGGAAUGCUGCAUCUUUUUCCUGACCUCCUGGGUUUCUGGUCUUUGUUUCCUUGCUCACUGAGGUUGUCUGCCUAACUAACCAAGCAGGCGGGAACGUGCUGGCACACAUGGUCUUCUUUUCUCGUUGGGUCCAGCAAUGGGGAGAAGUGUUGGGGGAUUUUUUUUUUUUUCUCCUCCACAGUAUAGCAGGUUCUCAGGAAAAUCUUCCUCCUAAGCUCUUCCAGUCACCAAGUACUUAUUGUGGCUACUUGUCCAGGGCACAAAAAUGCCAUGGCAGUAUCUAAUUAAAAGCCUACAAAACUGCUUGAUAACAGUUUUGAAUGUGAGACAUUUAUGUAAUUAAAUGUAAGGUACAAGUUUUAAUUUCUGAGUUUCUUCUAUUAUAUUUUUAUUAAAAAGAAAGUAAUUUUCAGAUUUAAUUGAAUUGGGAUAAAAUAAUACUUCCCACCAGAAUUAUAUAUCCUGGAAAACUGUAUGUUUGUUAUAUAAACAGCUUUCAAAGAAAAAUCAUCUUUUCCUUUACCUAAAUAUGGGGAGCCUUAGCAUAAUGACAAAUAGUUAUAAUUUUUAAAUUAAUGGUACUUGCUGGAUCCACACUAACAUCUUGGCUAAUAUUUCAUUGUUUUUUCCAACGUACUCCUACACUACAUCCUACAUCCUCUUUCUAGUCUUUUAUCUAGAAUAUGCAACCUAAAAUAAAAAUGAUGGUGUCUCCAUUCAUUUUCCUUCUUCCUUUUUUCCCAAGCCUGGUCUUCAAAAGGUUGAGUCAUUUGGCAGCUGAGUUCCCCAGGCAGAGAACAGAGCAAUUUUAGGUGUAUUCGGACUGAGGGAAGAUGUGUGAAGCCUAACAUCGGUUGUUUUUAUAGAAAGAGCUGCUGUGGUAUUAAAAACCUCAUUAUUUAUCUUUGUAUAAGUGGAAACUGUCACCUAGUCAUAGCUUCCUUUGGCCUUUACUGAAGGGUGGUAAAAGUCACAGGAGUGGCAAAGUGACUCUGGACACAUGAAUGGCAAAUACCUCCCUGUCUCUUACUAGGAUUUAGGAAUGUAAAUCAAGUCAAAUGCACUCAGUAGCCGAGGAUCUGAAAGAAAUUAGACAGGACCUAUGAAAUAAACCAGGGAAUUAGAAAAUGUCGUUUACAAAUUUCAAACUAACUUACCCCACUAUCUUAUCUUUUGGCAGACUAAAGCUCCCUACCAUUAGAUGAUUUUUGCUAAAAUACCUGUAUUCAGAGGAAAGCCUACUGAAAAUUCCACGUAAAAGGUUGUCCCAGUAAAAUGGAAAACACACCGAAGUUCUUAGUGAAUUUGAAAAGCAGUGCGUUCUUAACGUCUUAAUGAGCAGAGCCACAUCUUACCAAAUUCAGAAAUUGCAAAGGUGGAAAGUGUUCCGGCUGAUUUGCAGAGAAUCCUGGGUUCAUAGUGCUGCCUCGCUUGUAAGAGCAUCAUUUCCUUUUCUUUUACAAUGUGUCCCAUAGGUGCUUUUGAACGUGCUUGUGUCCCAUUCACCAAGGUUGCAGGCAGCCGGGCUUGACCAGUGUAGGCAGGUAGUGUGUGCUGGAGGCUCGGGUGCAGGUCCACCUCGGCGGCAUGAGCCAGCACAGGAGCUGGCUGUGCAGGAAGCUUCAAUUGGAGUUCUCAAAACAAAAUUCAAGGUGAUACGCUUUUUCCUUCCCUUUCUUUUUCGAAUAGGUUGCCAUCUCAUUUGAAAAGGGGGAACAGACUUGAUCUCAGAUGAAGCUGUGCCCAGAAGCCAGGCUCAAGGUACCCUUGAGAGAUUUUUAAAGAGCCCUUAAAAAAUAAGAUUUGAAAUUUUUCCCUUUUCUUCCUUUUUCUAUCAAACAGUUUUUUCUCUAGUUUACUAGUGACAUGAAAAGGGGGUUUCCUCUGAGUCUCACUUACUUUAUUUUUUGAUGCUGAACUACAGAUAGACUUGUUGAGCUCCUAAGAAAUACAAGGAAGGACUCCUUGUUUGUGCAAAGCACUUUAUGAGUAUAGAUAGUAGGUGGCUGCUUCACUGAUUAUCUUGUAAGGCUGUAAUUAUCUGUCUUUUCCGUAAAGUGGCUGCAGUGCCUUCUGUAGUGUAUUUUAUUUUAGGUGAGGAGAGGUGAUGCCUUCUGAAAAUUUUGAGAGCAACCAUUAAAGAUUGUUUUAAAAGAUGUAGUAUUUCUGAUGGACUUUUCAUCAUUAAACUAGAGUCCAGGGUCUCUUCUUUUGCCACCGAAAUAAUAUUGACCAAAAAGUAGUUUAUAAAAGCGAUUUGUGAAUAGAAAAUCCAAUGUGAUUCUUUGCAAUUAUGUGCACCUUAGACGAAAAUUCUGUCUAGCUGUCAAAUUCUGGUUCCUGAACAUUCAGCCCCUGAGUGUAUGUGAGAGCUGGGAGGACAUCCUGGGGCAUCCUAGAAGAUAAAAUCCCACAUAAAGUCUAUGCAUGAUAGUCAUGUUGGUGUUGGACAAGAAAGAGUAUUAUAGUUAUAAAGAAAUAAUGCGAGACAGCACUGUCAACCUGAAACUAAAUAUUCCCUAGAUUCUCAUUGGGUGCGGUCACAGCUCUCUCACAGGAUGUUAUCUUUCACCAGGCAGCAGAGGCACUGCUGCAUGCCCCUCCCGCACACCCACCCUCCAGCCUCCUGCAGACCUCAUCCAGCUUUAGUUUGAAACAUUGCAGAGGUCAGGUGACCUCUUUUAAAAACUACCUCCUCAGAAUGAGGUAAUAGUUAUUUAUUUUAAAACAUGAAAAGUCAGGAGCUCUAGAACAUGAAGAUGAUUUAGGAUUUUAACUGUUAUGUGUACUUGUAUUUGAGCGUUCUCCUUUUGUCCUAAAGGGCAUUCGACAUUUAAGCAGUAAUACUGAAAAAGGUAGCUCAGAGUUAUCUGAAUGUUGUUGCAAGUGGUGCCAGAAUUUGUUUAGGGGUACAUUUCAAAAUCUCAACCUUAAGUCAGUUGCAUGAAAUUAAAUAAUGACGGUAUCACUCCACUAACAAUGAUAAAAUUUUAGUUUUAGUGGGCUUGGCAAUACAGUACAUCUUCAUAAUGAGUUAGCCACAGUUUAGUCACAUGCAGAUAUCCCUAUAGAGAGACUGCCCAGCUAAGAGGGUAGAGAAUGAUUCCCCAUUUUGCAAGAUUCUCUUCUUUGUUCGAGUUGUCAUUGUUAGUGUUAGAAUAGCAGCACCUUGAGACUAGCAGAUUGCAACCAUUAGGGUAUUAAAGACAAAAAAACACAUAGCCAGACAUGGAAGGUUUACUGUGAGUAUGAACAGGAAAUAGCUUACAGAUCAUACACUGAGAUGGUGUAGGUGAGGCUCUAGAAAAAUACCUUGAUAAUUUGCCAAAUGAUCUUACUGUGCCUUCAUGAUGCAAUAAAAAAGCUAAAAUUUUAGCAGAAAUCAGUGAUUUGUGAAGAGAGCAGCCACUCUGGUCUGACUCAGCUGUGUUAAUAUUUUUUAGAGUGCAAUUUAGACUGCAAAGAUAAAUGCACUAAAGAGUUUAUAGCCAAAAUCACAUUUUAAAAAACAAAAAAAGAAACAGGUAAAUUUUCAGUGAACAAAAUUAUUUUUUUAAAGCACAUAAUCCCUAGUAUAGUCAGAUGUAUUUAUCACAUAGAGCAAAUAGGUUGAAAUUAUAGUUCAGUGACAUUUCUAGAGAAACUUUUUCUACUCCCAUAGGUUCUUCAAAGCAUGGAACUUUUAUAUAAUAGAAAUGUUUGACAGACAUUUUAAGAAAUUGCUGUAGUUUAGGGUUGAAGUACUGUAUGCUGGGCAGCAAUCGUGUGUAUUAACUUAGGAAAGGGAAGGAAAUUAAAAUACAGGACAGAAUUUGAUUUUAUCAGUUUCCAGAGUACGGCUGCCAACCUAGACACUGAUUUUUCAGAGUUUGAAAUGUAAACUUGCCUCCCAGGACUGGUUGGCAAAUUCAGCGGGACUGUGCUGCUAAUGCUGUUUGGGGUGCUGCGGGGGAAGAUGGGGUUUAGGGGGGCCGCUCCUUUAUGUGGAGGCUUUAUUGGACUAGUUAAUGGCCUGGCCAGUGAGUGUGAACUGGACACACUGCCUGGUAUGCUUCUUGUAUCUUGUUUCAUUCCUCAGCACCCGCAAGAGGCAGUGUAGUCUUCAGCGAGAUCUCUAGAGGUUUGCGAAGGUGUGUCACCAAUGCCUGUGGGUCGCUGAGCACCCCGGAGUACAGUAGCAUCUCUGCCUGGUUGGCACACACUGGCCAGUGGAGAACGCGAUGCCAGUGUAUUCAUGUUCCGUGUUGCUAGCUCUGGUAACAUGGAAAACACCGGUAAGAUUUUUGUUGUAUCAGUACACUAGACAGGAAGCUUUGUUUUGUUCUUUUCAGAUAUCUUAUUUUUACUUCUGUUUGGGUAAAGGUGUUUAAAUUGAAUUUCAGUCCUAAAUUGUGUCAUUGUAGAAAGAGUAAUUAACGGUUUCUUUCGGGUAUUUUUAAGGUAGAAGAGGACAGAAACGUAAGUCCUAAAAUCUUAAGGUAACAGUUCUUUAUUUAAAAAUGCAUAGGGACAGUUAGUCCCCACCUCUAAAAAAAUGUUUAAGUAGAUCUUUUAUUUCAGCAUCACAACUUCAACUGUUAAUUCAGUUUUAAUCACUACAUCAGUUUCACUAAAAUGUUUAAUUUAGCUGUUUUGAUUAAUUACAGUGAUAAUAAGCAGUUGUGCAUGAGGACACAGCCAAUGGACCUGUAUUUUUUAUGGUGCAUUUUUUUAAAGAAUUCUAUCGAUUGAAGCACUCUUUGAAAAUAAAGAACUGAAAUAUGUUUAUUCAUAUUAGCAUCAAAAAAAAAAAAGAUUUGUGCAAACCGUCUGUGCCUCCUGGCAGGCCGAGCGUGUUGUCCAUCACCCGUGCGUGGCGGGUUCUCAUCAGUGUAUCUGUGUGGGGACUCGGGCAUGAGGCCACGUAGGAGAGGUGGCCACGGACGGUUCCGUGUACAGGGGUAGAGAUGGGGAUUAUGAGUAAGUGCUUAGGUUUUCUUUUGAAAAUUAUUGUGUUGCAUUUGUGUGAAGGCUUUUUUUAACCCAUGUGUGUUUUGGUGGAGUAUGAGUUACAUAGGAGGAGACUUCAGAAUAGUAUAAGCUACAAAGCUCACAAACUAGGCACAAAUAUAGAGAAAAUGGACCAAAUAGGACGGGGGAGGGCGUGGGAGUAAGUCUGAGGGUGGGAAAAUGGACCUGAGGGUGGGAAGUAAACCAUUAAUUAUCUGAAAUAAAAUGUAAGAGUGCAGUAAGUGUGCUUUUUAUCCUAAGCUGUGAACGGUUUUUGGAAAAAAUCAUUCCUUACACAUUUGUGUGUUCCGUAGCUGAUUAAAACCAGCUAUGUAAACAGAAUGCCUUUUAUUCACAUUAAUUCCCAUCGUAAGUGGCUAACCUUUAUGUCUUAUUUAUCUUCAUGUUAUAUUAGUUUACAUACAGGGGUGUGUGUGCUGUGUGUACCCCUCUCCCUCCGUCAUUUGGAAAUGCAUUCAUCGGGUCCUCUGUAUCCUUUGGUCAUGCUACACGUUCUAGUCUCCGUGGGGCCUUCACGUCUCCUGAUUUGAAGGACCAUCACAGUGAUGUGUUUCUGUGAUCACCUCAUUUGUCGGUUGUACACUCUGACCGUUUCCUCACUCAGCGGCUGCUGCUUCUCCUGUAAGGAGUGUACAGCUGAUCAGCAGGUUGAAGUUGAUAGUUCACUGAUAUGUUCCUUUGAAUUGUAGCCAGUAGUUGUGACUGCUCUUUGUUUGGACCAAGACAAAGGAAAUCACCCCCCUUUCAUUUACUUCUUGGUUUGAGGACAGUUCUUCUAUAAGGGAGAGGAAACGGAGAGCCGUCAUGUUUUAACUGAGGUGAAUUAAUGGCUCCUGGUUCAGCACUCCAAACCUUACGGCAAUUCAUACACAUUCCUCUCUUUCGCUGCCAAAGGCUCGGGUUUAAUUCACUUCAGUUCCACUCAAGCAUUGAAAAGGUUCUCAUGGAGUCUGGGGUGUGCCCAGUGAAAAGAUGGGGACUUUUUAAUUGUCCACAGACCUCUCUAUACCUGCUUUGCAAAAAUUACUAUGGAGUAACUAUUUUUAAAGCUUAUUUUUCAAUUCAUAAAAAAAGACAUUUAUUUUCAGUCAAAUGGAUAGUGUCUCCCCUCUUGUCCCUUAAUCCUCAGUGUUUGCUUGAAUCUUUUUUUUUUUCCCCCAAUUCUUCCCCACACCUACUUCUUGAUACUUUGGUUCUUUCCUGCUCAGGUCCCUUCAUUUGUACUUUGGAAUUUUUCUCAUGUAAAUUUGUACAAUGGAAAAUAUUGUUCAGUUUGGAUAGAAAGCAUGAAGAAUUAAAAAGAUAGCUGAAAUUCAGAUUGAAGAAAUUUAUUUCUGUGUAAAGUUAUUUAAAAACUCUGUAUUAUAUAAAAGGCACAAAAGUUCUAUGUACUUGAUGUGAAUAUGCGAAUACUGCUAUAAUAAAGAUUGAAUGCAUGGAGAAGUCUUUAUGAAGAGUA